GCUAGUGUUUACAAAUAAUAUCUGUGAAAGCGAAUAUAUGGUAUAGUGUUGGCUAUUCGAGGCGUAUAACCUCGAAUAUUUUCUCAACAAAAUUUGUGAAAAUUCACAGUGAUUUCAUAUAAAACAAGUGAUGGAAAGUAAAGAGGGCAUAAUUAGGGUAAAACAAGAACCUAACGUUACUUGGACGGAAGCCGACGAUGAUUUUAAUUUUUAUUCGAGGAACUCUUGUAAAGUCAAAACCUUUAAAACAUUUGAAUCAUCGGCAAAUCACACGAGAGAGGUUAAGGAAUUACAAGAAAAGUUGGACCAAAAAAUAUUCGUAGAAUUUGAAUGCAAAGAUGUUAAAUCUGAACCGAAAUCUUUUUCGAAAAAAAUCUGCAAAAUUGAAGAUCCAAGUAAUCCACCAGUUGUGAAAAUAGAAAACAAAAACCAAACAAAUUAUUUGAAUGAAAUAUUCAUUGAUUUCGAGUGCAAAGAUGUUAAGCCUGAAUCGAAGUCUUUAUUAACAACCAACUGCAAAACUGAGUAUCAAAGUUAUUCAACAAUUGUGAAAAUCGAAAACCAACUGCAGACCAAUUAUUUGAACGAUAAAAAUCCGUUGGCAAAACAAGAAUUCAAUCAUGAUGAUAGUUGCGAUAUACCACUCAAUUUUAGAUUAAAAUGUAGUAAAUCUAGGAUGAGAAAAUCAUUUAAAAAGACAUCUCAUACCAAAUUAUCUUAUGAGUGUAAAAUGUGUCGAAAAACUUUCAAACUCAAAGGGAAUCUAAAAAGACAUAUUAACACGGCACACAAGAGCAUCAGACCAUAUAAAUGUGAAAUUUGUCGUAAAUCAUUUAUAUUCCAAAGUCAGCUAAAACUUCAUGUUAACGCAGCACAUAUCAAACCCUUUAAGUGUGAGAUAUGUAAUGAGGCAUUUAGAGACCAGUUUAACCUCAAAAGGCACAUUAUGUCGGUACAUAAACAGGAGCAACCCUUCGAAUGUGACAUUUGUCAAAAAUCAUUUAGACGAAAAAGUCAUCUCAAAGACCAUAUAAUGGUAGUACAUAACCGUAUUAAAGCCUUCGAAUGUGAAAUUUGUCAAAAAUCUUUUGGAUACAGAUAUGCCCUCAAAUUUCACAUAAAUGGAAUACAUGAACGUAGCAAACCCUUCGAAUGUGACAUUUGUCAAAAAUCAUUUGGAUACCCGAGUGAUCUCAAGAAACACAUAAAUGGAGUACAUAAACGUAUCAAACCUUUCGAAUGCGAAAUUUGUCACAAAUCAUUUGGACAAAAGGAAAACCUUAAAAGACACAUAAGUGUAGUACAUGAUCGUAGUAAACCCUUUGAGUGUGGAAUUUGUCAUAAAUCAUUUGGAUACCAGCAUAAUCUCAAUAAGCACAUAAACACAGUACAUGAUCGUAGUAAAUCCUACGAGUGUGAGGUUUGUCACAAAUCGUUUGGACAAAAAAGUACCCUCAAAGUUCAUAUCAAUGUAGUACAUAAUCAUAGUAAACCUUUCGAGUGUGAGGUUUGUCACAAAUCAUUUGCAUACCAGUAUAUAUUAAAAGGUCACAUAAAUACAGUACAUAAUCGCAAAAAACCCUUCGCAUGUGACACUUGUCAAAAAUCAUUUGAACGAAAAAGUUACGUCUCAGCUCACAUAAGUACAGUUCAUGAUUGUAGUAAACCCUUUGAGUGUGAGAUUUGUCACAAAUCGUUUGGAUACCCGAGUAAUCUCAAGAGACACAUAAACAUAGUACAUGAUCGUAGUAAAUCCUACGAAUGUAAUAUUUGUCACAAAUCAUUUGGACAAAAAAGUACCCUCAAAGUUCAUAUCAAUGCAAUACAUAAUCGUAGCAAACCUUUCGGGUGUGAGGUUUGUCACAAAUCAUUUGCAUACCAGCAUAUAUUAAAAGGUCACAUAAAUACAGUACAUAAUCGUAACUAAUCCUUAGAGUGUGAGAUUUGUGACAAAUCAUUUCGAUACAUGAGUAACCUCAAAACUCACCUAAGUACAAUUCAUGAUUGUAGUAAGCCCUACGAGUGUGAGAUUAGUCAGAAAU